GCCGCCGCCCCGCCGCGCCCGCGCGCCCGCUCCGCUCCUGUGACUUUGUCCCCGUUCGACAUGUAGGAGACAUGUUAAAAGUGGCAAGCGUCCUGUUUAUGGAAGAGAUGUGCAGCCUGGGUGCGCUGGCGCGAGGCUGCCGGCCGCCUGGCGCGCGCUGCUGCCUCUGCUGGUGUUGCUGCUGCUCCUGCUCCUGGUCCAAGUGCGCGGCGGAGCGCGCCGGGGAGCGCAGCGCGGGUGGUAAAGCGCGCCGCCCCGGCCCGCACGAGCCGCUGCUGGUCGACGGAGAUGCGCCGCCUACGUUGGAGGAGAUUCAGAGCUGGGGCCAGUCGUUCGACCGCCUCAUGCGAAGCGCAGCGGGGCGCCGGGUGUUCCGCGACUUCCUGCGCGGCGAGUAUUCCGAGGAGAACAUAAUGUUCUGGCUGGCGUGCGAGGAGCUGAAGCGCGAGACCGACCCCGACGCUGUUGAGGAGAAGGCGCGCUUCAUCUACGAGGAUUACAUCUCCAUUCUGUCCCCGAAGGAGGUGUCGCUGGACUCGCGAGUGCGGGAGACGGUCAACCGCAACAUGGUGGAGCCGACGCCGCACACCUUUGACGAGGCGCAGCUGCAGAUCUACACCCUCAUGCAUCGCGACUCCUACCCGCGCUUCGUCAACUCUCCACUCUACAAGACGUUGGCGCGACUGUCGGCCGGAUCCCCACCGCCGGCGCCGGCGCCCUCCGCGCCCACCGCGCCCACCGCGCCCACAGCCCUCACAGCGCCUACAGCGCCAACUGCACCCGCCGCCCACCCUGCGCCCGGGGAACCCGCCGCGCGUUGACCGGGGACCGCCUCGUGCAAUAUACGCGAACAUUGUGUCAUUUUUCCUGUACAUAGUUUCGCUACAUAUUGAUUAAUUAUUUAACGGUUACUAAUGUAAAUAGACAUUAUUUGUAAGAAAAUUUAGAGAGAAGUCCGCGGCCGUCGAGGCAAUAUCGCUGGUCCACCGCCGCUGGCGCCUUUACCCUGCCUGUCCCGUUCCGUGGCCCCGAGCGCCCGAGCCGGCUCCCUCUUCCCUUCUUGCCUUUUGUCCUUCCUUCUCGUGUACGCGAGGCGGGCAUUGCCAUUGCGGCGUCUAGUUAGAAGCAAUAAUAGGUGGACCAAUCGAGUUUGCCGGAAAUUCAACGAAACGAUACAUUGUAUUAUUACAUCUAUCAUUUUUUUACUUCUGUAAAAUCUUAGAAUAACUUUUAGUGAGAUCAUUGAUCCUCAUCUUCGGUCUACGUAUAUGUUGAACUAAAUACAUUUUAUAUCAAUACUCGUAAA